CGGGACAUCGCACCCCUCCUCCUCCGGCCUCGUGCGGGCGGGGCCUGGCUGCCGCCCGUGCGCGCUGGGCCCUGGCCCCCUGCAGCAGGGGGGGGCCGCGAGGCCAUCUGGGUCAGCCCCGCACCGAGCCAGCGUCGAGUCUCCGGAGCAUCCCUGCCAGGGGUGGCCAGCCUGGCCUCAGACCUCCAGUGAUGGGCACUCGCUCCAAGGGGAACUGCCCUUCCAUAACCUUGCUGGAGAUGCACACACAGAGGGGUGUAUGUGCAUGCCCUGCCAUAGAAAAAGCUGUGCCCACAAUUUUCCAAGAGCCACCACAAAUGUGCAUGAAGUGAAACAAAUUGCAGUUGCUUGUCAUCUCUAAUGUGGAGGUGUGACGGAUGGAGACUACUGGUCCCAGUAUGCAGUGCUCUUAUUUUGACCUGAGGAGGCUGUCCAGAUUGAGAGGGAGCAUCGGUCAAUAUCAGGCUCAUCCUUCCGUACGCAUCAAAGGAACAGAACACAGCUACAGCCCAGUCCUGUGCCAAGAUGAGCAGUGUGCUGCCAGUAUCAAAGGGAGGCACACCCACUGUCCAUUCUGCAGCAUUUCGGAGGCUUAUCAGGACCCGUUCAUUCUCCGGGCUCACUACCGGGUCAAACACGUGGACAAGGGACUUGACUUUGCAGGACUGAAGAUCCUGCGCUGCUGCAAUCACUGUGAGAUCGUGGGCACGAUCAAAGGGGAGAAGAAGUUCAAAGGGGCGCACUGGCACUGCUACCGCUGCCGCAAUGGCUUCAACCGGCGGGACGAGGCAGUGAAGCACUACAAAACCCACUUCCGGAACCCCCACACCACCUUCCAGAUCCAGAUCACACAGGAUGUCAACAGCCGCCAGUAUUACCAGCACAGCGCCGAAGCCCACCCCAAAGCCUAUGGCGGCCUCCAUGUCUCCACCGGAGCCAGCGUCAAUGUGAUGGCCAUAGGCUCGGUGCUGGCCCAGACCGUCCUGGCAUCAGAAUCGCCUGCCUUCACCACCGACAAAGGGACAGAAAACCUCUUGGACAGCCCUGCCAAGGACAGCCGUUUGAACAGCAGGAUCAUGCUGGGAGUAGAAGAGAUGGCGGGGCUCAGCACCUCCUCCUCAUCCCUUCCCACCCAUCAGACCCUGGUGCUGAUGGACCCUGAUGGAGAUGGUGGCAACAUCAUCUUUGAAGAGGGAGCCAAUUCUGUGGCAGGGCAGCCCAGUGAGGGGCUGGAUCAGAACCUGCUGGAGAAACAACUGGUUGAGCUGCACCAGCAGAACCAGCAGCUGCUGGAGGAGAAGAAGGAGAUGGAACAGAAGCUUCAGGCAGAGAUCCUGCAGCUAAAGGAACAUAUUGCCAGCAUUGUCCAAGCUAACAUCCGCAUGGCAGAGGAGCUGAAACGGUACCGAACCUCAGAUGACCUGGAGAAGAAAGUCAGCAAGAUGGUUGAGCAGAUGGAGUGGCAGCACCGGGAAUUGCUGCAGAUGCAGGUGGCAGCCCUGCGGAAGGAGUUUGCCCAGAAAGAGAGUCGGCUGACAAAUGGCAAAUCCACACCUCCAGCAGACGCUGCCCUGGAAACCAGGAAGCCAGCUGUGACCUCCUCCAUGCACACUCUUCUGGCCAACGCUGCCCUGGCCUCCACAAACAGCACCCAGUUCACCCUGCCCAACAGUCCCCAGGACACUGCGACGCCCAGGCCGUUAGACAUUAGCACUGGGGAUGUUGUUUCCUUCAUUGAUCUGCCAGAAAGCUUACCUGGCACUGGGGGCAACAGCCUGGAAAAGCUGGGGAUCGUGGAGCUGCAUCUGGACACAAAACCGAUCAUAGCGAACCAGGAAGCUGGCUCCCCACCAGCUCAUGCCCAGCUCCUACCCAUUGGUGAAAUGAACGAACCCAUGGGACUGCUCCCUUCACCGGGCGGAGAGAAGCGGCUGGCACAGCACAUGUUGGCAAGAGAAACCAAAGCCAAACAGCAGCGGACAGUCUGAUCCCACGCGGGGAACUUACACCACACAAGCCUCUCUCUUCCUAAGCCCGUAGCCAAACAAACUUGCCAGUUCCCUGUUUUGUAGCCAGUGCUUUAAACUGAUAGUUAUACAUGGUGCUGUCAGUUAUUAAACUGCCCUUAAGUUAUACAUUUAUCCAUAUAUUUAAGUAUGAAAUUCUUUCCUCGGCGUAUGUCUGGUGCGUACUGGGCAG